AUGCAAAAACCAAAAAUGGGUAGUCGCUUCUAACCAGGGACUCCGCACUUUUUCGUUAGCUACUUGGUAUGUACCAUGGUACCAAUAAAAUACUUUUGCAACAGCUGUUUUGGUGCAUGUGUGUGUGGGUUAGUGUACGUUUACUGAAAAUAAGAGAAAUGCGCUUGGAACAAUUUUAAGAUGUCCACACAAAAUAGUGCUAAAGUUAUAAAUCAAAAAGAAUAUUUAAAGAAAUAUCUGUCUGGCGAUAAGGAGGGCAAGAAGAAAAAGAAACACAAAAAGAACAAAAAGACGCAACAGACCAAAGUAAAAAUAAUCGACGACGACGCACACGAUUCCAACAAUGAGGAAAUGGAUGAAGAUUUGUUAUUUGGCGGCGAAGAUGCACCCCAAAUUGUUGGCGAAUACAUCGAGGAAAACCCUGAUGCUGUGCGCAGUAAGUGGCGCAAUAUUGCCGUGAAGGAGCCGAAAUCCGAGUCAGACACCGAAACAAAUCCCAACGAAAGAAAACCAACCACAAGCGAAGAUGAUUUAUGGGGUCGCAAGGCGUCGACAAUCAAAAUCAAAGAGGAACGUUCACCACCCGCCAUUAGAAUUAAGGAGGAGCGUGGCAGCAUCUGUCCAAGGGAACGAAGCCCACUAGCCAUCCGCAUUAAGCAGGAGAAACGCAGCAGUUCCCGUGAACAAGGUCAGAGUCCAGCGAGAAGAAUUCCGAAGUCGCCACAACGGCAGCGGCGUAACUCUGAUCAAAGUCCGCCAAGACGUCAAAGGAAUGAGCAUCAGUCUGGAGCAAGAAAACGAAAUAAUGCUGAUUCAAGUUCGCCAAGAAGACGUUUGGAUGCGGAACAAGAUCAAUCUCCUGUGCGCAAAAGACGCAACUCGGAUCAAAGUCCACCCAGGAGUCAUAGAGAUCUGGAUCAAAGCCCGCCCAGGCGUAAAAAAGAUGCGGAUCAAUCUCCACCUAGGCGACGUAAUGCUGCGGAUCAAUCUCCACCUAGGCGGCAACGUGCAGCUGAGAAAAGCCCGCAUCGCCGACGACGAGACUCAGAUCAAAGUCCACCCAGGCGUCGUCUGGAAGCAGAUCAAUCUCCACCCAGGCGACGACGCGAUUCCGAUCAAAGCCCGCCAAGACGCCAACGAGGCGCUGAUCAAUCGCCUCCUCGCCGCAGACGUGACUCCAAUCAUUCCCCGCCUCGUCGUCGCCGUAGUUCCGAUCAAAGCCCACCAAGACGUCGCCAUGGAGGAAACCAAAGUCCACCCAGGCGACGCAGGGAAACAGAUAACAGUCCGCCCAGGAGACGUCGCUCCAACAGCAGAGAUCGUUCUCCCAGACGACACAGUCGCGAUCAAUCUCCAGCUAGGCGAAUUAAAAAGGAAGAGCGCACAAAUAGUCGUUGGGGCAAGGAGAAGUCGCCAUCGAUGUCGCCGCCGCCCACUCAUAAACCCAAAACGCAGCACACGCUGGAUGGCAAGAAGGCGGGAUUGCAAAAUGCUCAGUCGUUAAAGCAGGAAACAGAGCAACGACGACGCGAAGAGCACGAGAGAUUCGAGAAAAUGUCAAGCGAUGUGUCCGGACGCAAUGCCGAGGUGCAGAUUCGCAGUACUGGGCGUCGCGGAAGACGAGCACGUGAUGCCGCUGCCGAGGAUCCGGCUGAGCUGAAACGCAAGGAGGCGCAUGAACAAAAGAAAAAAGAGCUUUACGAUCGCUGGGGAAAAGGACUCAAGCAGCUAGAGGCGCAACAGGAGCGACACGCAGAGAUGGCACACGAGGCGGCCAAGCCGGUGGCCCGCUAUGCCAACGACGAAGAUCUAGAUCGGCACUUGCGGGAACAGGAGCAUGCGGAUGAUCCAAUGUUGGCGUAUAUGCAAGCGAAACGCAAGAAACAGGAGCAGCUAUCGAAUAAACCCGUGAUGCCUGUUUAUGCGGGCAGUUAUCCGGAGAAUCGCUUUGGCAUACGGCCGGGCUAUCGUUGGGAUGGCGUCGAUCGUUCCAAUGGCUAUGAACAGCGCUGGUUUGACAAGCAGAACGAGCGACGAGCUGUGCAGGAUGAAGCGUACAAAUAUAGUGUAGAGGAUAUGUAAAUUUGCAUUUCAAAU